ACUUUCUCUCUCACAAGCUGUGUCGAGCCCUCGUGGCCUAUAUUCCUCCCCGAAGUUUCCGGUUACAAAGUCUCUGAGCACCCGCCCGACUCUCUUCUUCCCAGACCCCCGGGAUGCGGGGCGUGGGACCCAGAGCUCUCUUCCUGCUGUUCCUGAUUGCGCUGCUCCUCACUGAGACCCGGGCGGGCUCCCACUCCCUGAGGUAUGUCUACACCGCCGUGUCCCGGCCCGGCCUCGGGGAGCCCCGCUUCAUCGCCGUCGGCUACGUGGACGACACGCAGUUCGUGCGGUUCGACAGCGACGCCCCGGAUCCGAGGAUGGAGCCGCGGGCGCGGUGGGUGGAGCAGGAGGGGCCGGAGUAUUGGGAUCAGGAGACGCAGGGAACUAAGGACGCCGCACAGACUUUCCGAGCGAACCUGAACACCCUGCGCGGCUACUACAACCAGAGCGAGGCCGGGUCUCACACCCUCCAGGAGAUGUACGGCUGCGAAGUGGGACCUGAUGGGCGUCUCCUCCGCGGGUAUGAGCAGUUCGCCUACGACGGCAGAGAUUACAUCGCCCUGAACGAGGACCUGCGCUCCUGGACCGCGGCGGACACGGCGGCUCAGGUCACCCAGCGCAAUGCUGAGGCGGCAGGUGAGGCGGCGCGUGUGAGGAUCUACCUGGAGGGCAAGUGCGUGGAGUGGCUCCGCAGAUACCUGGAGACCGGGAAGGACACGCUGCUGCGUGCAGACCCUCCAGAGACACAUGUGGCCCAUCACCCCAUCUCUGAGCAUGAGGUCACCCUGAGGUGCUGGGCCCUGGGCUUCUACCCUGAGGAGAUCUCACUGACCUGGCAGCGUGACGGGGAGGACCAGACUCAGGACAUGGAGGUUGUGGAGACCAGGCCUUCAGGGGAUGGAACCUUCCAGAAGUGGGUGGCCCUGGUGGUGCCUUCUGGAGAGGAGCAAAGAUACACGUGCCGUGUGCAGCACGAGGGGCUUCAGGAGCCCCUCACCCUGAGAUGGGAACCUCCUCAGCCCUCCAUCCCCAUCAUGGGCAUCAUUGGCCUGGUUCUCCUCAUGGUCACUGGAGCUGUGGUGACUGGAGCUCUGAUGACUGGAGCUGUGAUCUGGAGGAAGAAGCACUCAGGCAGUGACAGUGCCUAAGGCUCUGAUGUGUCUCUCACGGUUCCUAAAGUGUGAGACGCUGCCUUGUGGGGACUGAGUGGUGCUCAGUCCCACUUUGCGACGUCAGAUCCCGGACUCCUCUUUCUGCAGCUGCAUCUGAAGGUGUCUGUGCUCCUAUUAGCAUAAUGUGAAGAAGUGGGGAGACUGCUGACCUCUUCCAAUCCAAACUCCUGGGUUUAAAAAGAGCUGCCUAAUAGUCACAGCAGGAGGAAUAUGCCACCUGUCCGCCUGGGAUCUUUUCUGAAGAGAAAAUACCAUUGUGUGUAGAGUGCAGACGGUCGGUGUGGGAGGGAGGGUGAUGCGCUCUGGUGGGGAAGCACAGGCAGCACUGAUGUCAGCGUGAGGGGAUGUUGUGCUGUAGCUGCCUCGAGAGUCAAGUGGCCUGAGUCCACAUUAAUGAAGAUGGGAUACAGAGGCGUCCACACUGAUCCUUCCUUCAUCUGGCAUUUGUUGUGCGCCUGAUAGAUGAUGCUCUAUGUUUGCAUCUGUGAAACCUCAGUGAACUAACAACAGAUACCCUUCGGUGGCCUCGUGCAGUGUGUUCUGGUGAGGGGGGCAGAGUGAGCCUAAUAAGGGAGGGAAGUGUCUGCCUAGAGAUUGGCAAGUGCUCUGAGGAAGGUGACCCCGAGUAUAAGCGUGUGGGUCCAGGGGAUGUGGCUGUCUCACCCGGGUGGUCAGUGUGGGCCUCGUGGAGGAGAUGAUAUUUGAGUAAAGAUGUGAAGGACAUGAAAGAAUGUCCACAAGCAUGUCUGAGGGGAGUGCCCUCCAGGCAGAGGAGCCUCCAGUACAAAUGCAGGAGAGCAGGAGAGUGUGUGUGUUCAAGGAAGAGCCAGGAGGCAGGUGUGGCUGGAGGAGUGAGGAACUGUGAUGAGAUCCGGUGUCUGGCCAGAUCAUGUGGGGCUCCAGCAUAUUAGAAGGUGUCUGAUGUCUGUGAAAGAUGUGGACUCAUAAGAUGGUUUGAAUAGAAGAUGACCUGGUGUGACUGCUCGCUAGAAGCGUCAGUCUAACUGCUGAGCAGAAUCAGGAGGUGAAGGGUGAGCGAUGCAGUGGAGGAGCCUGUAGGAUUAGUGCGGUGUCCAGGGUGGGGAUGCUGAUGCUCCCCUGGACCCUCAUUAGAUCUAGACAGUCGGGAGUAGAGCCUGAGAAUCUGCAUUUGUAAUAAGGUUGGGGCUGAUGCUGCUGGUCUUCAGAUCACACUUUUAGUAGCAAGAACGAACAUAGAUCAGGAUUCCCACAUGCUGUGUAUCAGCCUCACACAUAGAGGUUGUUAAAGAAGCAAUCCCUUGCUCUUGUCCUAAUACUCUGAGAAGGUGGUUCUGGGGAGAGGCUGAGCAUUUUGUAAGAAGCCCCACAAGCAAUUCUGAUCAGCCAAUUUGGGAACCACUGAGGUAUAUGAGACCAAGUGGCCAGAGAGGGGUCUUAAAUCCACAUUUAAAAGCGUUUUUUUUUUUUUUUCUUCAGAAAGAAAAGAGAAUACCUAUAUUGUAAAUUAUGAGGUGUGAUGUUGAGAAAUAAUGCAGUUUUUAUUCCACCUGAAGACUUAGGCAGUGGUUCACAGUUCAGCGUAAUGAAAUCCUUGCUCUGAAACUAUUCUCCAGGUUGAGUUCUCCUCACUCAUUCUUGGAGCUAACAAUGGGAUCCAAAUUAAGUUAGACAUACAGUACUAUAUAUAUAUGGCUCCCGGGAACAGGAUCCACAGUGUCCACUCCAGGCCAGAUCCCACAAAGGAAGUUUCGCCCCUGCUGGGGCACAGUGUCCCUGCUCACACAGUGAGCCCCUCGUGCUGGGCGUGGACCCUGCGCUGAGGACGGCCAUCACUGAGGCUCCUGACGACUGGAGGUGGUGUGACUGCCACUCUCGACACCCUUGUCAGAUGCAUCCAGCAUAGUUCCAGCUUCUCUGUGUCACAACGUCCUGAGUAGAGUCUGGCGUGUGGUCACCUGAGUGGUGGGACCUCAGCAUCAUGCUGUGUGCUCUGGCAAGAAUAUUUGGGAAAGUGGGUUUUCUUUAAUGGAGGAAGGUGGUCUCUGCCUCCUACCAAGACUCUUUCAGUGUAGAAUUCUCCUAAUCUGGAAAUGCUCCUAAUCAUGUGAGGAGGAGAGAGGGAUGGAAAAAAAUGUCAAAUUUCAAUUAUUAGAGCAAAGAUCUGGAAGUGGAACUUGACCUGGUACAAUGCAGGCACUCAGGUUUGGCUGAAAGAACAAGUGACUAAUAAAUGCCAUCCAGGG